AUGUUCCGCUUCUGUGGCCGUCGCCUGGUGGCGCGUACGCUGCCCUUGCUUGCCGAUCACCCAGAGCUGCCGGAGGCAUUCGAGUUCAUGGAGCACAAGGUUGUGGAUAAGGAUAUCCACUCCGCCUACGACAACAUGGAAACACUGCGUCUCACCGUCACCCGCCAGGACGAGUUCCUCUUCAAGGAGGCGCCGGUGAAGUGCGUCACAAUCGUGGGCGUCAACGGCGAGUGCGGUGUGUACCCCGGCCACGCGUACGAAAUCACGCAGCUUACCCCCGCGCCGCUGACGGUAGAGAUGCCGGAUGGCACGGUGAAGAAGUUCUUCACGAGUGGCGGUUUUGCUCACAUCAACAACGAAGGUUCCUGCGAUAUUAACUGCGUGGAGUGCAUCCCGCUCACGGAGCUCGACGUCGAUGCCGCGGAGAAGGCGCUCGCGCAGCAGCAAUCGGCUUUGACUAGCGCCCAUGAUGACAAGGCGAAGGCGGUAAUUGAGAUUCGGAUUGGCGUGCUCGAGUCGGUCAUCCAGAGCCUCAAGCACGCGUAA